AUGAUCUCACUCCUUCUGUUGAUCCUGCCUCUAUGCUUAGCUGCAAUAUAUGAAAGAGCAGCAGACCUUCCUACUCAGGACUUCGACUAUAUCAUCGUAGGAGGAGGAACGGCAGGAAAUGUCCUUGCCAACCGUUUGACUGAACAGCCUGAUCUAUCAAUCCUCGUUCUUGAAGCUGGAAGAUCGACCGCAGAUGUCCUGACCUCGCUAGUACCCUUCUUCUGUACUGCUCCGGAAUGGCCAUUGGACUGGAACUUUACUACAAUCCCGCAGCUCGGCUUGAACGGCCGGGUCUUUCCCUACCUAAGGGGGUUCGGAUUGGGUGGAUGUAGUGCUACUAAUAUCAUGACAUACACGCGCGGAUCGUCGGAGGACUAUGGUCGCUAUGCGAGACUCAGUGGGGACGAGGGAUGGAGAUGGGAUCAGAUGCAGCCGUAUUUUCAAAAGAAUGAGCGGUUUGUUGCUCCUGCCGAUCACCACAAUAUCACUGGUCAGUAUAAUCCCGCAGUGCACAAUUUUGAGGGAAUCAACUCUGUGUCGCUCGCUGAAUACCCGAGUGACGUCGACGGACGAGUCAUUCAAGCGACCAAGGAGCUCUCUGACGAGUUUCCGUUCAAUCUCGAUUACAAUUCUGGGUAUCAUUUGGGUGUUGGAUGGCACCAAAAAACCAUCGGAAACGGGACGAGAAGUAGCUCGGAAACGUCAUACCUUGGCUCUGAGUACAUCAACCGGGUGAAUUUAUACGUCCUCGUAAAUUCGCAUGUCACUCGCAUUCUGGUAGCAACCGAUUCAACUGUGGACGACGAAUCGGAGCCGUAUUUUAAUAGCGUCGAGUUCACGCAGGAUGCUGGAAAAACGACGUAUACCCUUUCCGCCCGCGAAGAAAUCAUUCUGUCUGCCGGAGUUAUAGGGACUCCUCAUAUCCUCCUCAAUUCGGGUGUUGGUUCCGCUGAUGAGCUGUCUGCGUUGGGCAUCACUCCGAUGCUGCAUCUUCCCGAUGUUGGGAAGAACAUGACAGAUCAAGUGAGCAUGAGGCUUUCCUGGGCUGUGAACGAUACGCAGAUGGUAGAGAGUGUAUAUUGGAGAAACGAGACCUUCCAGGAGGAGGUUUUGGCGAAAUGGCAGUCAGAUCGAAGCGGGUUCCUGGCUAACCCUCCCUCGAACCAAUUAGGAUUCUUCCGCCUAAAAGAUGUUCUGAUGGAGGAAGAAUCCUGUGCUGGAAAUCAGACAGGUCAUUACGAAUUGGUAUUCAGUGGCGGGAUGGACACCUUACCCGUUCCAGCAGGCGGCAGCUAUUUCACGGCACUGGUUAACAUCUUGUGUCCGCUUUCUCGUGGGAAUGUCACCGUCAACAGUACCAAUCCCCUCUCCCCACCAGUCAUAAACCCCAACGUCCUCACGCACGCGCAGGAUCUAAUGCAGAUGAAACAUGCUAUUGGAGGUGCACAGAGGUUUGCCGCCGCGCCUGUCUGGGCAGACUAUAUCCUCGAGCUCUCUGUGGAUAUCGGCGAUCUAGAGGGAAGUAUUCGAACUCAAGCAAGGCCUGCCGGUCAUUCGGUCGGUACCGCGAGUAUGUCCCCGCUUCAUGCACAUUGGGGAGUUGUCGAUCCCGAUUUGAAGCUCAAACGGGCCAAGGGUGUGAGAAUUGUAGAUGCAUCGGUUCUGCCCUACGUACCGGCAGCACAUACGCAAGCUCCGGUGUAUGCGGUUGCGGAGAGGGCGGCGGAUUUGAUAAAAAGGGGAAAAUUCCCUGAGACACAUGCUGCGUAG